AUGUCCUCUUCCUCACAAACUUUCAUUGCUUUACCAUUGUCAUCGCUUCAGAUGUCGUCUCAAUCCAGUGACAAGUCUCUUGCUCCCAUUUCUGCGUAUUUGCUAAAACAAAGUGCCGGUAAAUGGAAACGCAAACGUUGGAACCAACGCUGGUUUGUAUUAGACCGAAAAAAUGGCAUUUUGCGCUACUUUCGCUAUGCUUCACCUCUAGAAAGUGUGUCCUCAAGACAAGAUGCUCAUGGCGUGCUAUCACUCAAGCAGACGGGAGUUUCUCUGGUCGUCCAGGGCGAUUUGCCACCAGGAGUUCCAACCCCUUUUUGUUUUACUGUCUUGGCUGAAGGACAGCAAGAAAUUCGACUCUGUGCAGACACAAAAGCUGAAUUCAGACAAUGGACAACGGCUAUUUCAGCUGUUAUUAGUCCAUCGAGGGCUGGUUUGAGAGUGGGGGAGACAAAGGUCGCUCCGACGAGAAUGGCGAGUCCCUUGUCGCCAUCCUUGGCUGCUGACGUGUCAUCAUCGUUGCAAUUGCCAACAGUGAAGGAAAAAGUGGUGGAGACAAAGGAUCUGACAGCUCAAAAUGGGAGGAAGGAGAUUGCGCCAAAACAAGUGAUGAAGCAGAUGUACAACUGGGUUGGCAGCAACAAAAAUGUGCUACUCGCUCUGAAUCCUUUUAUUGUACUCGUGCAAUUUGGAAGCGUGUCUGCGUGGUGCUUUGUCGUUCUAUUGACCAACGUGACGUGUGUAUGGCUACUGUGGUUUCGAAAACCUGAGCCUCAUGUGUCCUCACGAACGACAUCACGUCCGCGAGCUAUUGUGACACAUGAAAUGUUAUCACCAGCGUCAUCGACAGGCUUUACGAGCGGCUCUGAAGUAUCGAGAGAGACAUCAAGUUCCAAGCUGGGAUCUGGAUCUGUGACAUCACAAACAUCCGCUACUACAAGUGACGACCAACUGCCCAAGCGUGCCACGUUUUUGGGUAAAAUUAAUGGAGUAAAAACGUCGGCUGGUGCCUCGUUAAAGAUGUGUGCAGCAGAAAUUGUAUCUGGGUGCUGGAUGCACGUCGACGCGACCCACUUUAACGUUCGCCAAGGUCCUAACUAUCGCAAGACGAAACUCAAAGCGGCUUCGGCGCCUGCAUUAUUGGAACUUGUCGCUGUUGAUGUCUAUCAGUCGGAUGUCAAAGCAGACAACAUCGGCAGCAUCGUCGAUCUCAGCGUUCUAAAACCCACGACAGGAAACCUGGAUCUAUUCAUCGUGAAUUGUCAAGUCCCUUCUUACCAACCUUCGAAUCCGCUGUGGGGAGAUAAACAAGGAGACGGAGCUGGUUUUAAUUUUGUGACGUAUUUUGCGAUCCCUCCAGCAGUUCGAGAGAUGCUCAACAGACCUGGUGAACCACCUCUUCAAGCUGUUCGUCUACUUAAAAGCUUCGUGGAAGGUCAGACUUGGGUUAGCGAGCGAUUUAAAGCGAUUGGAAUUGUCGUGAACCCACAGGAGCAGCAAUUAGGACGCGCGGAGUGUCGUUUGCUUGAAACGUACAAUGGGCAGCCAAUUCUCACACGGCCACAGCACAAAUUCUACCGUGGCGACGGAUACUUUGAGGUCGAUGUGAAUGCACACGAAUUCAAUUAUAUUGCACGCAAAGGGCUCGUGGGCGUCUCAACUCAUGCUUGUAACAUGAUUGUCGACUUUGGGUUUGUCUUAGAAGGACAGGAAGAUCAUGAAUUACCGGAACAAAUGCUCGGUUGUGUCCGACUUUGUAAAGUGGAUGUCCGGAAGGCCCCAAGACUUUUGUAG